GGCGCACAGGACGACCAUGUUGAUGCGCGCUCUCCUCUCGACGCUGCUCCUCGUGGCAGUGGCUACCAGCCUACCGACACCGACGUACCCACGCUCCCUCGACGUCACGCUCAAUACGAUCCUCAACAAGGUGGUGGCCACGGCCGGCGGUCGCGUCGUGGCCGCGGAUCAUAGCAGCACUGUGUGGCGCUACGACACGUGGACGCACGAGCUUCGCACCGAGGACGCGUGCUUGGGUCUCAGUAGCGAGGAUGUUCUUGCGCUCGCGCCCUGCACGGGCCACCGCCGCCAGACGUGGACGAUCGACGGCGCCGAUAGCCGCAUCUCGCACCGAGCCGAGCCGUCGCUCUGCCUCCAAGUCGAUUUGGACAACUCUGUGCGCGCAGCGCCCUGCACGUCGCACGUCGAGAGUCCGUACCAAUAUGUCUUUUUGAGCUCGGAAACUGUCGUCUUGACGACCGACACCACGCAUGUGCUCAGCACGCGCGACGCGAGCGUCGUUGUCGAGGUCCGGACGCAGCAGGACCCGCGCCUCGUCCCAUCCUGGCGCUUUGACAAGGUCAACGGCACGCUUCAAUCGAACGAGAACGGGCUUUGCUUGCACGUGACGCCGUCCUACGCGGUCGUCGCGCACGACUGCGACCACUCGUCCAUGCAGCAGUGGUGGUACGAAGCCACGCAGCUGACCAACGCGGCCACGCCCGGCUACUGCCUCACGCUGGACGGCACGCCACGCAUCGCUCGUUGCCAGCACAUUCCGUCGCAGCGUGUGCACUACGAGAUGGUCGACACGUUCACGACCUAGUCCGCGACCUACUCUAUUUAACAACGUUUUGAUAUCCUUGCGGUGGCUAUCGUGGACUACGAAUAGUCAACCUCGACCAGGGGCAGCAUCUUGCUGCUGCUGUCAGGUGCAAGGGUAUAUGCGACCGGGCUCAUCUGGCCCAGCGCGACUCGAUGCUGUGGAGCGUCGUGCCUUGUCCUAUGCCAGCGCAGGGUACGAUGAAUCGCCAGACAGGAUAAGUGAGCCAUAAGACAGAAUAAGAUGGAGCAUACGACAGGAUAGGAUGACAGGAUAGGAUCGAGCAUAAGACAGGAUAAGAUAAACCAUAAGACAGGAUACGAUGAGCC